CAGAAGUUUUACAGAGAGAGAGAGAAUGUCUCACAGUCACGGGAACGAUCCACGUCAACCUUUGGCGGCGAAGCCUUACACUCCACGACCUGUUGCGCCGGAGGAUCUUCCCGUUGACUACUCUGGAUUCAUCGCCGUUAUCCUCGGCGUCUCCGGCGUUAUGUUCAAGUACAAGAUUUGCUCGUGGCUUGCGAUUAUAUUCUGUGCACAGUCUCUAGCCAACAUGAGGAACUUUGAAAAUGAUUUGAAGCAGAUCUCCAUGGCUAUGAUGUUUGCUGUAAUGGGAUUGGUCACAAACUACUUAGGACCUAAUAGACCCGCUGCAAAGAAAUAAUCUCGUCUUUUUGAUAACAUCUCUUAUCUCAAACCUUGUUUGGUUCUUGUUUCUGCAAAUUUUAAAUUGUAAGACAGAGAUUACGCCAUAGUAUUCUAUUUUGGUUAAACUUGUGUGUUUGGCUCAUUUCUUUUAGGUGUUUAACUAAACCAGAGUUCAUGUUCAAAUGUUCUCUCAUUUGUGAUGCUCUCAACUUUUCUGUUUUUGGUCUCCAUGAAUUUAAACAUGG